AUGGAUGCGUUGAGGAGAUCGGCUAGAAUAUCUAGAAUGGAAAGAAUAAGAAACCAGGAAGUACGAAAUCAAAUGGGAGUAGAAGGCACAAUCAUGGAUGGUAUAGAGAGAAAACAGCUGAUCUGGUAUGGACAUGUUCAACGAAUGGGACAAUCACGACUGCCGAAAAUAACAAUGGAAUGGAUACCAAACAUGAGAAGACGAAGAGGGAGACCAAGAAAGAACUGGAUGGAGGAAAUACGAAAUGCAAUGAGAGAUCGAAACUUGCAAGCAGGGCAAUGGAAAGAUCGCAAGCAAUGGAUUCUAGGCAUUGGACAACGUCGUCGCACGUUUUAA